AGAAGUACUGCUGUCUCGCACUCUGCAAUCUGGAUACCUUAUAGCUUGCCGCCACCGCCGCGGGAAAAUAAAUGGACCUAACGGCUGAUUGGAAAUCCCUUUGGCCUAUUUCCUCCACCUUCUCUGCACCACUGCUUAUCCCGAAUAAAAUCACCGAGACAUCCUUUGGUCCACUAAUAUUUAAGGCAAAGCCCAACUCCUCCACCACUCUACUCAACUCUCCCUCCCUGUCACCCCAGCUUCCGCCACCAUAUCCACAACUCCCUCUUUCUCGGUUCCUGCAAAAUUACAAUUCUGUUCCUUCCUCUGCCGCUGCUAUUACUUCUCUCGGCCACCAGCUCCCAAAUUAUUCUUCUUACUUUCAUGGCUUUAACUCUCUCCAGUUGCUUCAAAUCCCAACGAAAAACUUGAUUGUCGUGUUUUUUCCAACUGGGGAGAAUUCUGAUCAUGUCGGGUUUUCUUUACUUUCCCUGAAAGAAGGCAAUUUAAAUGUUCGUUCGCAGGGGGGAAAUAUAUUCGAGCUGGUGAAAGAGGGUAGUCUGAAUCAUCAUCGAAUCACCCGUUUGUUGGUGAACCCGGUUGAUGAUUUUUGUGGUGAUGUGAAUGGAGAUAAUAACAAACACGAUAAUGCUGUUACUGCUGGUUUUUUGAUGGUAUGUACUAGUUAUUCAGUUUGCUGGUAUAAAGUUGGAAUCACUACUCUUCGUGGACAAGAUGAAUAUUCUGUUUGUGUGGAUUAUCUGGGCUGUGCUAACAUUAAGAUGUUAAGGGGCAAUCGAGUGGCCGGCGCAUGUUGGAGUCCGCAUUUGAGGGAAGAAUGCUUGGUUUUGUUGGACAAUGGUGACUUACUGUUGUUUGAUGUUAGUUAUUAUUAUGGGGAAAAGGCUGAGUCAAUUUCUUUGGUUAGAAACAACAAUAACGUUGUUAAGAAGAUAAUGCAAGUUUCUUUGACUAACGAGUCGGGAUUAGAGAAAGAGGAAAGUGGUAACGACGGCCGGUGUUGGUUUGAAUGUGAGUUUAGUUGGCAUCCUAGGAUAUUUAUUGCCUCUCAUAGCGAUGGGGUCUUCUUGGUCGAUUUGAGGUCUUCAGUGCAUAAUAUCAGUUGUUUGUUAAAGCUUGAGACGUUGUCUAUGGGCAAGAACGAUGAAUUUUGCGCACUCUCAAGGGCAGGUUCAGAUGGAUUCACCUUCACUGUUUCUACAAGAUACUUGCUACUUCUUUUUGAUGUGCGAAAACCAUUGGCGCCAAUAUUGCGCUGGGCUCAUGACAUUCGAAAUCCACGGUAUUUGACUGUCUUUAGGUUGUCAGAGUUGAGAGCAAAUGCAGACAAUACAUACAAGUUAGCUUUGGAAUCAGGUUACUGUGUUGUAUUGGGAUCGUUUUGGGACAGCCAGUUCAGUCUUUUCUGCUAUGGCCCUGAUUGCAGAAGUGAUAAUAAAUCUGUCUCUUCUGAAAUUUCGAAGUUCUGCAACUUGUGUUAUGCGUGGGGACUUCCUUCAGAGUUUUCAUUGUCGGGCUCGGAUUGUAAAUGUGGUAGUUGUCUUGUGAGAGAGGAGUUUCUGAAAGCAUCUCAGCCUGCUUGGAUUGACUGGCGGCAGAAAAAACACUUAAAUUUGGGGUUUAGUAUUUUGAGUCCUUCUCUUUCUGCACAAUUGUGUUCAUUCGAUAAGUUUGGUGGGUUUAUUUUAAUCAGGCUAACUUCAUCGGGGAAGCUAGAAAUGCAACAGUACUUCGCCGCGUAUGAAUCCAAGAAUAUUACAGAAGCAGGCCACAAAAGGAAAAAGUGUUAUUUACAGGACAAUCUUUUGUUCGACUGCAACCCUUCAGACUAUGUUGGGGCAAAGAAAUUUCAGCAUCUGAAGUUGGAUUUUCUUAAUGCCUUCUUAGAAGGUAAUCUGGCUAACUACGUCGCCCAAAGAAGAGUGACAGGAGCAGCCAGUGAUGAAAAUGCCCAGAAAAAGUAUAAAGCGGAUUCCAAUUUUCAUGAAGAGAUAUGUCAUAGACUGAAAGCGUUUGGGCUUCAAAGAGAGCAAUCGUCUUGUGAAGUUUCUGCUGUGUUGAAAGAUAUUCACUUGCCGACUAGCAUACACGAGAUUGCUUUAAGGAGUAUGUGUUCCGUUCUGCCUACAAGUCUAUUGAAAUUGGCUUUUUCGACUUACACGGAUUUUAACGAGGAUCUUGAAAAUCACAUGGAACCUCUCGAGUUUCUCGAAAUUCCCGAGCAAAUCCACGGCCCGCCAUUUUCUUUAAGAAAGCCAUCUCACCGAAGCAAUAAAUGGUCGAGUAAAGUUAAGCGAUCCGAUUCCCUUGUAGGUCCAGUGCUUCCUCCUGUUUUCUUGGCUACCCUUCAUAACGUUUGCUUGGAAGAGCUUAAAGAGGAAAGGGACCUAUCAAAAGAAUACUCAGUUCAAGCUCAGUUGAAAGAUCAAUGUGACAAAGUCGUACAAGUUGUUAAGGAGCAAUUUUCUGGUGCGGAUGCAAAAUCGCCGGAUGAAGAUUUCGUUUCUCUUGCAGAUGAUACUGAAGAUAUGAGCCCCGUGACUGAAAAAUUGAAAUUUUCUUGUCAUAAACCAUCGUCUUUCUUGGAAAGUCCGUCGGAUGCAAGCAUGCAGAAACCUCGAUCAGAUUACAUGUUUUCGAGCCAUGUUUUUAGGAGAAGCCAAGAAGUUGCGUCUGAAAUUAGUGCAGACAUGACGGUUCAAGAGAUAUUUGAUGUGGGGUGUCCGAUAGAAUUGAAGUUUGAUGAAAUCGGUAUAGAAUUUGGGGAGAAGGAAGCGGAGAUAUUCAGAGAGUUGAAGAAACGGGACUUGGAUUUUCAAAGAAGCUAUAAGCCAUAUCAGGACUAUAUUACUGGACAAGAUGAACUCAAACAAGAAUGAGCUGUAUAACUGAUUAUAAUUGAACAAUCACUACUCUUUUUGCUGCUGCAAUGAGUUUGAAAUCUGCAAAGCAUCUUCCUCAGCCAAACGAUCGGAACAAAAAUUCUGAUUUCUGAGUUCAGAGAUUCAAGCCUUGAAAGAAUUUACGAUCGGUUUCGAUUGGAGACCGGUCGACUAGGAAGUUAAAUUUGGCGAGACAUAAAAAGUGUUGGAUGGGCCGCGGAAUUUAUACCGAGGUACUUUAUUAACUGCCCUAGAUAAUCUGUAUUGCCAAAAAAUGCCAGAUUGCAAUACUUUAUUUCAUAACAGUAAAUUCCAAACAUGAAAUGAAAUAGUGUAUAAUCAUUAUACAUUCAUACUCAAAUCUUAUUAAUUCUAUUAAGACGAUUUGCAUUUUGUACGACGAUUAAACUUAAUUAUCUGUUAGUACUAA